CGCUAAUACCACGAUGAAGGUAAGAUGGCCGCCGAGGAGUGGUUCCUGCAGGAAGAAGGUUGUCUGCAAUUUAAUGGACGUCCAACGUCAAUAUCCUACACUCCAACGUCCCACUGCUUUGUCGCUACACUAGAGGAUGGAUCUGUCGAGGUCUUGGAUGUCAGUUCGGGCCGUACUUUAAAACGCACGUCACUUGAAGGAAAUGCUUAUCAGGAGACAGGAAUUCUUGAAUGUCGUUUCUGCACUGGAGUUGAGAAACUUCUAGUGACCGAUGGGAAGACUGUUGGACUUCGUAAGGACCUGAAUGGAGUUUUACUCUUGGACAGUAUACUACAGGCACCGGUUGCUGAAGACUCAGAGUCUCCCGUCUUACUAGAACUGUCCCUUUCAGAUGCAAAAAAUCUAUAUUCCGGGAUAGAAGUAUGUAUCCCGUCUGCUGUUCCACCUGUUCUGGAUGUGAUGGAGAAAUUGAAACAGCAGCUCAAGUCAGAAUUGGAAAAGUAUCAGUCCAGUGCCCAACACUUACCUCAGAAGACUAAAGAGGAUUUUCCUGUGAAGCCCUUACCAGUGAAACAACAUGGUGCUCCCAGUGAUGCAACCUCAGCUUCAUCUGAUGACUCUGACAAGACUACAAAGUGGAUAACAUGUAAGAUCUCACUGGCUGCUGGUGCCCUUCUGUGCGCCUUUGAUGGCAUGGUAGUGCACCUGCACAAAAGCUACAAGACCAGUGCAGCUUUGCCGAUAGCAUCAGCCAUGCUAGCAAGGGUCAUGUCUUUAACAGGCACCUCUGUGCUUGAGAAGAAGGGCCAACCAGUCUACAAACAGUUGAUGUUUGUGGAGGCAUCUCGCAGGCAGACCUUCUCUUCCUGGCCGCAUCUGGAUUAUAAGUGGGCAUAUCCAGAGGCCAUGGCCCAAGCAGGGUUUUACCACCAGCCAAGCUGCACAGGAGAUGACAGGGCUAUGUGUUUCACAUGCAGUGUGUGUCUUGUGUGCUGGGAACCUACGGAUGAGCCUUGGUCUGAGCAUGAAAGACACUCAGCUGAAUGCCCCUACGUGAAAGGAGAACGGACCGAAAAUGUACCCAUGUCAGUGAGUCUAGCGACAACCCCAGCAAAGUCCCACAGUAAAGACAACAUUGGCAAGAUAACCUGUGUUGGAGAAAGCUCCUGCCCAUGUCUGAUUGUGACAUGUACUGACAAUGGCCAUGUUGUAGUUUGGGAUCUGUCAGACCAACUCAAGCCAUAUUCACAGUUUAUUGUCAACAAAACUCCAGUGGUUGAAAAGGAGAAAGAAAUAGAAAUCACUGUUCCAGCUCCAAUACAAGCAUGGCCCAAAACAGAACAGAACAAAGCGUCUGAAACAAUUCUACCCACUUUGCUGAAUGAACAGUGGAAUAGCCAUACCACUGAGCUUGUAGAUGCAGUGAUAUCUGGCAUGGAAAGAUCUCAGGCACCUGCUCCUGUCAUUGUUGAAUCGGCUGAAGGGGAGGGGCAUUAUGUGGAAGAAUCUAGGGAAGGCGUGGUUGAGGAACCAUCAGACUCAGGCAGGGAGAUUCAAGAAGUUGAAAUGGAAUUUUCUGAAGUUAUCCACCCAGCAAAAGAAAUAACAUCCCUCACAUUAGUAUGCCAGCCAAACCAGGAUCACCAACACUUCAAGUGCUUACACAAUACUGGGCAUAGGCCAGUCGUAAUAGCUGGUGUCACGCCUAAGCACAAUCCAAAACAAGCAGAGAAUAUACCUUACAUAGCUAUAUUCGAUGCCUCUGCAGAGACAGAUUCUAGGAGUAACUAUAAAGGUGAUUCAAAACUCAAGUCAGAUGCAAAGUCGAGUCCUACUCUCGGCAGCCAUGAUGACCUGUAUAGUAUUCUCAGCUCUGAGGAUGAGUUGGACCAGGAGAUAAUGCCAGCUCUGCCUGAUGUUAUCCAGUCUUCAACCCUAAAGAAACUUGCUGCAGCAAUAAUAGGGGAAAAGGAAGAGGACACUGUUGAAGUGAAAAAUGGGAAUAUUAUUCAGACUGUGCAAUUACCAGACAAGCUAAGAACAUCAAAUUAUAACAAAAUAGUAGAAAUGCUACCAUCCUCUGAUGGCUGUCACUUGUUGGUUGUUGUCCAUGUUUUCGAAAUGAAGGGUCAAUGGACUGAAGAACAUGGCUCCUCCAAAUGUUCAAAUGUUGACGACAGUACAGAACAGAGAACAGAGGAAAAAUGGACUAAUUGUUCUUGUAUACCUGGCGAGACAUUAAGUUGUCUUCUUCUUCUUUACAAACUUGAAUGGUCCAGUGAUGGCCAUAUAAGGAUGUCCAGUCCCUUAGCUAUUAAAGAACUGCAAGCUAUGGAGUCUUUACAGAAUGUGAUUGCCCUUCCUGUGGAAAAUAGCGAAACUAUACCCCAUCUAUUCCCAAUUUAUGCUACAUCUGAAAGCUCUACAGACGUCAGCGUAAAUGUGCGGUUUGCAGGCAUAGCUAAAGAUGGUGGGAUUAUUAUAAUCAGUGGACAAAGUUUAGAUGUUCUGACACGGUUUAGUCCAGAAGGGGAGAGAUUUAAUAGUUUUGUAUACUGCCCUGGUAUUGACUGUUUAUGUUGUUCUACUGUUCAUGGAUCGCUCAGAUUUCUUAGUUUAAUGCAUAAGGAGGAUGUUGUUGACGGUGAGGCUACUGGUAGCCACGCAUCAGCAUCUACACCUGAAUCUUCGCUAGAGUCACUCGGAUUACGAGAUAACAUAACGGCAGAGGCUCUUUCAUCCCUGCUAAAGAUGACAGAAUUUGAGAACUUAGUUCCACGCUUUACUGCGAUAGUGCCACCUUGCUGGUCCGAGGUGCAGCAAGAACAGCAGCAGAGACGACACCCACAACACCUACACCAACAGUCACUUGGUGAUGCCACCUUACACACACGCACCUGGAAACUGCAGCCAGAAGCAAGGAGCAACAUGACAGGAGAGCAAGUGUUUGAAAUUCUUCUUCCAAAGCAGUGCCAUGUUGGACAUGUGGACAUCAAAUUCUCCUUCCAAUCAUCAUCAUCAUCAUCUUGUAAUGGCAUGCAGGUUUACCUCCUUAAACCAUGGUCCUUGAAGUCUUGGCAACAGGAUUACACUUCUGAAUCAACUACUAACAUUACCCCAGAUGGCAAGGCAGCUCUUCUCGCCACAGCACGCGAGAGAGGAAACAUCCUUUGCGGGCCUGUCGAACUAGAGUCUGGCUCAAGCUCUCGUGUUGUCUUAACUUGUCCUGAGCUUGUUAAGUCUCGACAUCGCAUUCUUCUCCUGGUUUUUGAGUCCACAGAGCCACAGGUUCACCUAGAUGAUAUUUCGGUGACUGUUCGUAGGUUCAAACACAAGCCAGCCCAUUUGAAGCAGUAUGGAGUGUUACUGGAGGAUCCUGGUUUCCAUCACAAAUUACUGGAGAUAAUUUGUGGCUAUCGUGCAUCUAUUUGUGUUGAGACAGCAGAGAUAAGAAGAUUAGCACUAGACCUUUUGUGCUGGACGGCAGGAAUUUGUGUUUACACAAGGAGGGAUAGUUUGACUAAGCAGGUCCAGGCAAACCUUCAUGAUCUAAUCUCAUCUUGUUUCUUGGGCUCUGGCCGCACUAUGGCACACAAGUGCUGUUUGCUGUUAUUGCUUUGUGCAAGACAAGCUCAUUGGUCAAGCAUGCAGACCUACUCUAACUCAGAAACAUCAUUCAAAUCCUCCCUUCUUCGUGUCAUCCUCCAAAUCCUUCCUGACUUGACAAGUGCUGUGUCCGCUGGCUCCCUUCAGUGGCUCUUCUGUCUUCUGACGGGAUAUGCUGCACAGGCCGAUAUUACCAAGACCAGCCAGGUUUGCCAGGAAUUGUUGACUGGACUUUCAACGCGCUUUGUGUCUCUGGUGAACCCUUUACACAGUGUUCUUCAUGCCAGGCAUGAGCUGUAUGGGUCACCCCUUGACCCUGACCUGUUUGACCUGGCAGCACCCCCUCCAGCCGAGCCGCCGGCACCACCCUCAACAUCGCCCUUCCGCGUCAUAACUACCAGUACCCAGAUACUGGCUGGAGGAGGAGGUAUGCGCCAACAAGAUGAAUCUUCAGUGGCAGCCAAAAAUAACGGCUCUUCAACAACUUCAAACAGUGCAGGUUUGCAGGAUCUAGAAGCCCCAAUGACUAAUCCUCACUACAUGGGAUUACUGAUAGCCAACCAUGGCUUACUGGAGGUGGAGCCAUUGCACUAUGCCUGUAGCUCUACCAGUGAUGGUGCACGUGUUGAAAGGGUGGAGACACCCCCAAUCAUACCUGCAGUCCCGGGGAGCCUGUCGACGUCAACUGCACAGUCAGCAGCAGCUGUUCACCCACUUGAUUUUAAAUCCUCCUCAUCUCAGAAUCCUGAUAUGGAUCUGCUAGCGCAACACUAUCAACAGCUUGCCAAACUUCAGAAGCACAAAAAAGAGCUGGAGAAGCACAAACAAGAAUUGGAGGAGCUAGCAGUAUGGUCCCUUAUCCCUAAGGUUCUGAACAAGUUUGAGAUCACCCCAGAUACCAAGCUUAUCGCUCUCAACCAAGAUCCAUAUACAGAGAGUUCCUCGCCCUGGGGUGCCCCAUAUGUUGCACCAUUUAUGGGCGUAGGACAAAACCCAUCCCCAGCCCACCUUCCUGGAGAUUCUGUUAACUUGUCCAUGGAGAAGAAGCUAGCCAAUAGAAGAGCAGCUGCAAACAAGGGGUCACUGUCUCCAGCGCAGGUUCACUGUCACCUGAGCCAGCUUCCAACACAGCAAGUCUUGAUUAUAGAGAGACUUCAUUCAGGAGCAAGGCACCACGUUAUCUUGGACUUUGGCAGCGUGGUCGAGUUAACGGACAUCAUUGUGCCCCAAUGCACAGAUCUUUCCUCCUUGUCAAUCGAUGUGUGGACAGAGGGAGAAGAAAUGGAUGCGCAGAGGAUUGCUAUUGUCUCUGACAUUGGCUCAUGUGACUGUGUGCUGAAGGACCUUCUGCCUUCUCCUGUCUGUCAGUACUUAAAGCUAACUGUUGUGGGUAGACCAAGAAGCAAUGCCAAAGUCAAGAUGAAAAUUGGUGAGUUCUACGGAAGGCCAGUCACACCCAGGCAAUCAGAUGUGCUCGGUGAACCUAAAGGCCAACGUUUAGAGCUUCUCAGCAAUCUGUACGAGGAAGUCUACUGUCACUAUAGCCUCGCAUGUCAUCAUCUCACUACCCUACUGCAAGAUGUGGUCGAGCCAACUAAAGUGCAAAAGGUGUACCAGCAGUGCAGAAAUUUGCAGCUGCAGUUGAACUUUAUACAGAAGGCUGUAGACCGAGUUAGGGGUACCACGCCCAGAGAUGACACAGACUCCUUUGACAAGCUACGGGUGAUCUGUACACACUUGGCUGACACCCUAGUGGCACUCACUGCUAUAAGACCUCCAGAUAAGGGAUUCCUAGUCACCACAACACCUCCAAACAUCAACUAUCAAAGGUUGCCAGUCCUGUUGCCAGAGGUGUGCGAGGUACUUUUCAGGAACCUUUGCAUCCAUGCUAACCCUACCCUUCGGUUAAGGGUGGCAGCACUGCUGCUGCAUGCAUCCGGAGAGCAGUCUUGGUGGGGAAGUUUUAUUGCUAAGAUCAUGAUGGAGUUCUUCUCAACUUCGCAACAGAGUGUCUUUCCUCAGGAAAAGGUGUUCAUGGUACUAGCAGUCUUGGCUCAGCACUCUCCUGACGUCACCAGCACGGUAGAAAGUCUGCUGACGCUCCUUGACAACGUCCUGUCCAAAUCUGGAUCACGCAAGAUGUCUGGGAUUGAUACACGCUAUGUCGACUUCUCUUUGGUUGGCUGGAUUCUGCUGCUAUUUGCUCAUGUACUCGACACGUGCAACGGGGGCAAUGGAAGCUCUGACUCAUCUGGCCGAAGCUCAGACAAGUGGGACUUCAUUAUGCCACCCCCUUCCAUUCAGACCACACCCCAGACCUCAUCCCUGACGGGGUACCGCCAGCAGCGACACAAGCUCCGCCGUCAGAUUGUGCUCCACGAGAAGCAGCUUCAAGAGCUCCAGAAGCAGCAGAAGAAAGUGAUGGAGGUUGAGGGGAUGCAGCCUUCAGAUGUGCAUCACUUCCAACAGGCCUACCUCAAGUCCAAGUUUACUUCACAGGCACUUAAGCAUAUCAAAGAUCUUGUGAAACUUAGGCGUCAGGAAUCUGAACCUUCGUCAAGCAAGGACAAGUGUAGCACGUCCAAGUCUGGAAACAGUGGCGCCACCGAUAGCACCCCUGCUACUGUUCAGAUUGUGUUGCCUCACAGUGUCACCGUCCCCACCCUAAAGAAGAUGAUGCAGUUGCUGAUAAACCUUGACUCGCUGUGCUCUGUCGGGUUCUUCCUCACUAUGUGCAAGGUGAUUUCCCAUCUUGCACGCAUAAGUCAGCCUCCUGUGGUGAUCACAGAUGUGUUGGACACUGAAGAAGUGGAGACUGUGCUGCUGUGUUGUGUUACUGGCUGGGGAGGGCCAUGGGUGCGACAUUCUCUCAUCACCUUACUUGAAGAUCUUAUGCAUGGUGGAUCGGUGAUCCAAGAAACUGCAGAUCAUACGAAAGAAAUUGAAGCCCAGCAUAAGGCCAGCGAUACCGAGCAGGACAAUAGCGAGCUGGUGAUUGAGCAGGACACCAUGGAUACCAAGAUCCAGGAGCAGGCGGCUGUCCAGGAAGAGUGGACCAUGGAGGUCGUGCCAGGCGAGGAACUGAAGUGGCUUGGCGAGAAUGAGUUCUUUGACACCCCACAACAGACACAAGGCGAGACAGUGACAACCCUGUUUAAGUUCCCGCCCAAGCCUGUGCCAGCUAACGCCACUCCUCUAGACCCCCCUCCUGUCUCGCCACUACUCAAGCUGUCUUCUGCCAUUGAUGCCAGGCUGGAACUUGGCGUAGAGAUGGAGGCUGAGUCAGACCUCAAGACGUUGCAGAUCACCCAAGCAGACGCGAUCUUGAAAGGCAUGAGUACUCAACCCCAAGCCCCCAAACCCUACAAGAUCCCCAAAACAAAGACAACACCCUCACUCUCCAGUGUCGCCACCAUGUUCUCCACCUGCUUCGAUAAGCUCUUCCACAGAUGCAGGGACACCAACAUCGACUUAAGCUCCCUGCUUGAAGUGUGGCUCAGACUAAGCAACUGCCUUUCCCGCAACACUACGCUGACUCCAUCACUGUCAGUCACAUUGAGUGACACCUCGGUAGCAGACCUGCUUUACUCCUUGGUAAGGCAAGGAACCACACUGCAGACGCUGUAUCUAGCAUUCGAAGUGUUAAGAGAGCUACUGGAGAAAACAAGCUCUGGAGAAGACUCUGAUGCACCACUACUGGCAAACAUUAUCUCUAAUCCUGACCUCCUAAAAGUUCUAAAAAACACCUUCCUUGAAAGUUCACCCAGGGAUUAUGGAGCGGCUGUCGGUGUUGGGACGUCGGGAACGGGUAUAAAGCAGGUCGAGGUCUUUCUGUCUUCGCUGGCAACAUCUGUGGAUAAGCAGCAAGAUAUUGUUUUGUCAUCCAAGCUGCAUAACCUGCUGCUGAAUAUCCUUUGUGAUCUUGCCGCCGAGAAGAUUGAGUCAAGUGGGAAGCCUGUACAGCUGAAACCAAUCCUCAGAGUCCUUAUCAAGCACCCCCCUCCUUGCACCCAAUAUCUUGACCACACCCUACUACUGCGUCUAGUGAACCUGGCCAUGCAGCUAUCUCUACAACACCUCCAGCAGUGCGAGGACAUCACCCUGACUGCCUCCAACCACUACCAUGAGACACCCCGCCUCACCAUGACAAGCACCUCACAGUUCCUGGAGGGUAAAAGCGUCAGUGGGCCUUGGAUAGUGCACAGCACAUGGCUUACCAAGCUCCUCAGUCUGGCUAUCAUGUUGAUAAGGCUGCCACGCACAGAGGUUGAUGGUAAGGAUGAGGGGUCACAAAAGGACUUGUCCAGUCUUCGGCAAGAUCAACAGGGGCCUUCAGGACAAGAUGAGUCAAGGCUAAAGGGUGCUGACCAGGAAGGGAUCCACGUGCUCGAGGUGGCAUCCGACAGCUUGUACAAGACGCUGCAGGCACUGGCCAAAGCCGUCGAGGAUGAAACCCAAGACAAUGAAGGAUCUUCCCUCACGCAGAAAGACAAGGGUGCAUCUUCUCCUUCAACCCCAGAUACGUCAGGUGAGGAAACUUCUCCAUCGUCUGGUGACGCUGAGAGUGAUGGCACCCUAGAGAAGGAAGAGUUUCCGGGACAUGAUAGCCAAGGCAAGGGCGAGAAGGAGGAUGCAAAUGACGUUGAAGUACAGUGGAAUGAUGGUAGUGGUCAGAAAAGCACAGACCGCCAAGAGAAGCCAAUCGCAGGUGGUAAAACUAAGCCAUCUCCAAGUGGCUCUAUCAAGACAGAUCUCCCCAAGAGUGAACUACCUGAGAUCAUCAUCAAGGACGAAAAGAUAUGUCUCAAUCUUCUAUGCUGCCUUAACCUCAGUAACUCCAAUAACAUCGGCGUCCUUUUGACCGGUGCCAGCAUGGUCAACACCAAGUCAGACACUGAUGAGGUGAUUGUGUCUGGAGAUCCGGUAUCAGUGGAGGAUGGUAUCCUUCAAAUCGCGUCUGUCAUCCAGAGUCAAUUAAGUGACAAAAAUCCACUGAUAACCACCGUUAUUCGAUUCCUUGGCGGCGAACUGAGUGAAGGUAGGGAGGGUGGGGAAACUAAGCUGAGAGAGGGAAGAAGCAGAGCGCCGGAACCGAUUGUUGAGUUGUCUGAGCCUUUUCUCUGGUUCCUGUUCACGUUGCUGAAAACUGAGGAGCAAGUUGCAGCUUUUAAUGAAAGAGGUGGCUUUGAGGUCCUGUUUUCAAACCUUCUGGCGAGCCAUACAGUUGAGCUCAACCAGGACGUGCAAGAGCUGAUACCAGUAAUGCGCCAGCUGGCCAAACGCACUGAUGCCGGCAGUAACAGCUCGGCUAAACCACUACUUGCUGCUAUCUGGGAGGCGGAGAAAGACAAGGGGCUGGUUAAUUACGCCCCCUUUGGUACCAUCAGCUGCUCUCGUCCUACUUCUCAUGCACCGGAUGCCUUACUCAAGGCCACAGCCCCUCAUAGGAGGGCGAGGUCGGCCGCAUGGUCCUACCACUUCUAUCCCGGGGAGCUUUGGUGCGAUCUCAAUAUUCAUCUACCAACGCCAGUACUGAUGCACGAGGUUCACAUACAGCCGCAUACUGCAGGACUGACAACAUGCCCGUCAUAUGUUGCCUUGGACUAUAGCGUGGACGGUGCUGUCAUGGUGCCCGCAAGCAAGCCAGUCAUGACCAGCGGUCUCAGUGUGAUAAAACUGCAGUUCCAACAACCUCAAGUAGCCCAGAAUGUGUGCGUGCGGUGUAGAAGGCCCAGGGACUCAGAGACGCUGGGUCUAUCCCAAAUCAAGGUGUGGGGCUCCACUCUGUAUGGCCCUCCUGAUGACGGCUCCCUCACAGGGGAUCCACUAGAGCAGAUGACAUGCUUAAAUUGGGUGCGUCUGCUUCACCACUGCUUGCGGCACACUUCACCUGCUGCCAUGGCAACCCUGACGUCAUUGUCUCAGCUGCGGGAAGUGUUCUCUGUUUGUAUUGACAUGCUGUCAUCCAGCAAGAGUGACCUCUUCACAGGAUGCCAGGAAGCCGUGCUUCUCCGACUUGCGCUCCACUGUAGUAGCCUUGACGAACUGCUGCUGACCAGUCUGCUCGCUGACCCGGAACAGGCAUCACGUGGCUGGCACGUGUCAUCCUCUUCAGUACAGCUCAUCUAUGAGCUUGGCUGUAUCAGCGACGGGACUGCACCAAAACGAAUGAAGAUUUUCGCCGAUUGGAUACGGUCACUCACCUCCAACUCGGACCUACCCAGCACCACUACGCAUGCGCUUACCGGCCAGAUCCAGGCCCUUGCGGCCGUGCUUUAUUUAGCUGCCGAAUCACAGCAGAGUGACGUUGUCAUGUCAGAGAUUAGGGAGACCCAUUUCCGCGCACUUUUUACAUGGUCCCAGUUUGUAUCAAGACAAGAAACCCUGAAGCAAGCCAUCGAUUACCUCAUUGGCUCCCUGUGCCACGUCUGCCCUGUCUAUUUCCAACUAUUGCUGGAGCUAACUGGAGCCCAGGCUCUCGUAGACAUAGCACGACAACAGGGAUACCAUGAUGACAGCUCUUACUUACCGUUUGUCACCAGCGAUGACUGCAUGGGCACCCUGUCCCGCGCCAGCAAUACACCAAUCACUAGUCAGCUGCUGCUAGAAUCCGGUCUCCUGAGUGUCAUCCACAAUGCUCUCAAUCACUUGUCAAACACGUUGCUAGGUAACAGUAACAGCGAUUCUGCUGUGAUUUAUCUGUCCCUGAGGAAUCUGGCGAAGGUGUUGUCGUUCCUGGCCCAGUGUGCGGAGGAGCCAAUCAUCAAAGACUGGUUUGGACAGAGUGGUCACGCUUUCUGGAAGCCACUACUGUUGGUUUUAGGUUCUGGUAGACUUUUCGGUCCUGCGGCUGCCAUGAGUCAUGCGUCGACCACUUCAUCAACACAACAUCGGAUGGCCAUCGAGUCAGCCGCAAUCAGGUUUUUCUGCAAGUGCAUCACUAUGCAUCCCAGCAACCAGCAAUUGUUUGCGCAGCUUCUGUGCAAUGUCAUGGAGACACCCUGUUGCUUUCCUGGCGAAAGCAGCACUACUGGGGCCCAACUAAGGGGCGACACCAAAGGGCUUGGCCUCAGCGGUUUCUUGCGUCGGCUUAUCCUAGAGGCCUUCCUGCAGGAUGAAGCCAUUGAUGUAUGUGUGCACUCAGAAGCGGCCAUCACAUCGCUUCCACCAACUCCAUUCUCUCACGGGUGCGAAUGGCAUCCCAGGUUCGGUGCCGGCCACAAUGUGAUGAUCGUUCGAGCCAAGUUAACCUCUAAGGUGGCUGAUCUGGACGACCAGGCUCCGCCCAUCGCCUCACAGUCCAAGCCAAGUGAUGGUGACAGUGGAGUUGAAGACGACUCUAGUAAGACUGGGGAACUAGACGACUUUGCCCAGUUUGGCGACUCGGACCUCCUUGAGGGGUUAAGCAUUGCGGCGUGCAUGAACGUCAAAUCGAAACGUGGAAAGGCAUCUUCUGCUCUGAAGAGGCUUUCAAGCAAGAAACUAGAGGGUAGUCUGCUCAAGCCCUACCCGUCCAUCCCCAUGUGUCGUCAUCAUGUGUUGCUAGGCAACAGCACGAUACCCGGCGAGCUUAGCCUAUCGCAGCUCGUUCAUGCGCUGAUGCAGCGAGGCUUACCGCCGGGUACCGGCUGCUUGGAACUCUCCCGAAAGAGCUGUGGCGCCCUGACGGCGCACAUGGCGGAUGACAAGUUAGUUGACACUGAUCCACUGCCUUCCGCUCUGCACAUCUUCGCCUCGUAUCGUGGCCUUGCUAUCUUAUCAUCGCGAUUGUCAUGUGCGGUGGUUAUGCCGCAACCGACAGCUUCGAUUGGCGGAGCACAGCCGCAUAAUCAGCCGGUAGCGCUGCCAUUGGCUUUUUCGCUGCCUCUGUUUUCGUUGUCUCGGUCGGUGCUCAGUAAGAUCCCGGGCCAUUCAUUGGCGGCAUUUGGACUGUUUAUUUGUCUCCCUGGUUACGCUGACGUGUUGCUGCAGGACAGAUCGCGGGCGCAGUGUCUCCUUAGGCUGCUACUCGGCGCAGAGGAUGAUGGGAACGGUGGAUCCGUGCUCUCCUCACAAACAGCGUGCUCUCUGCCGACCCUGCCAUUUCAAAUCCUACGCCUGCUGUAUCACUCAUCACCGCUGUCUGGCAUGACCGGGGUCGCGCUGAGGGAGGCUUCGUUGCAUCAAGGCGCUGUGGAUUUGGUGUUGGUGUGUCUGGGUGUGUUGAGUCACCACGAGCCGCGAACCCUCGGACAGACGGACAGGCUUGCAAUACAGACCGUCGCCGCGCUCACGGGAAAUCUGCUGCGUGGCUCAGAUCAGAACUCUGGUGGCGAGAAGCAGUACUGGGCCAAAGGGACGGGGUUCGGCACGGGCUCAACAACCUCCGACUGGGACGUAGAGAAUGCUAUGAAGAAACAGCAGGCAGAGGAGGCGCAUGUCACCUGCAUGUUACAGGUUCUAGCGGCAUUCAUCCGCCCAUCCGGGGCGCAGAAGAUGGAAAGUCUUGCAGAGCUUGAUUACAGUCCGGAGUAUCCCGGAUCAGAUGGGAUCCCUGUCUCAGUGGCUGAUCUACUAUCUCGAUCUUGCCUGAUACCCACGCUGGCAUCAUAUCUACGCAACGACUCCGUUCUAGACAUGGCGCGUCACGUGCCUCUUUACCAGGCCGUGUUGGAGGUCCUACGAGCGUUAGCCACGUGUCCAAGCCUUCUGAGCCUUCUCACACCUGGUGGCAGCGGUGACAUACAACAGGAUGAUAGCACUUGCUUGGCUUCCCUCAUCAGCAAGAUGAAGCAGUGUGUGGACACUUACUCGCGAACACUAAGAUCGACUUCUCGCGCCACCAAGCGAAUUAAGCGAGACAAGAAGCGAGAAAAACGUGACAAACCACCUCGCAGCCCUGGUGCCGAGCCCCCAAAGGGUGACGCGCAGGAUAAUAAGGACGAUGCAGAUGCCGAGGGACUGGCACUACUCAUCCCUGAUAUCCAGGCCACCGCUCAACUAAUCCAGGACGUCAUUGCGCAUGACAUUGAGAGCCACGAGCCCACGGCUGGCAAGGCAUCAGCGGUAGAUGAUGGUGCGUCGCUAAGCAACGAGGAGCAAUACCUGGCGGCCAUGAAACCGCUUCAGUUCGACACGUGUGAGAUUGUCCCGGAGGAUGGCAGCAAGCUCGAGUUUGUUGUUGGCUACCAUUUCGCUUCCGCACUGCGGUCGGCCGUGUCCAGCGGUGAUCCCGGUAGCCCUGCACGCGCACGACGACUCGCGCAGGAGAUCUCAUCCCUCUCCACGUCUCUACCGCUGUCCAGUAGUUCAAGCGUGUUUGUCAGAUGCGAUGAGGACCGCUUGGAUGUGAUGAAGGUUCUUAUAACUGGUCCAGCUGAGACGCCAUACGCUAACGGCUGCUUCGAGUUCGACGUGUACUUCCCACAGAACUACCCUGAGGCGCCCAUGCAGAUCAACUUCGAGACCACAGGCCACCACACGGUCCGCUUUAACCCUAACCUGUACAAUGAUGGCAAGGUGUGCUUGAGCAUCCUGAACACAUGGCAUGGAAGACCAGAGGAAAAGUGGAACGCGCAGACUUCAAGCUUCCUUCAGGUCCUUGUGUCAACGCAAUCGCUCAUCCUCGUGGCCGAGCCUUACUUCAACGAGCCUGGGUAUGAGCGAUCACGUGGUACCCCGUCUGGGCAGCAGAACUCUCAAGAGUACAACGCUAACAUCAGGCAGGCAUGCGUGCGCUGGGCCAUGCUAGAGCAGUUGCGCAAGCCAUCCGCCUGCUUCAAGGAGGUAAUCCAAAGCCAUUUCUACCUGAAGAAAGACGAGAUUCUUCAGCAGUGUGAGAAAUGGAUUAAGGAGGUGGAGGCGCUUACUCUGAAGAACUCUGGAGGCCGUGCCGUCACGCACCACUUCCACUCCCUGAAGCAACACACAGCUCAGCUGAAACUAGAGCUGGAGAAACUACAGCCUCCACAACCACAUCACAGUGAUGAGGAUAGUGAGUAGAAAGGUCUACUCGAACGGAGAGCCAUUGAUCAAGGCUUGGUUAAAUCAAGACUAGAGUGGAAAUAUUCUUUGUAAUCUUGCCAAACAUUUACAACCCAAUGGGGCAGACUUUGCUUGCGUCCUGACAUUCAUUGAUUUUGAAAGGCUAUGAAUUGAAAUGUUAUUUUCAGGGAUUUCAGAAACACAUAAUGAAUGGGGCAGGGUAUUUGGGUGCAAUGGCCCUAGGUGUAUAUUGGGCUAAGAUGUAUAAUACCUCAAGUGCUGUAUCAUUAUUAGUGACUAGUUAUUGCUAUUUCAAUAUUUUUCAUAACAUUUCUGAUACUGUACAGCAUUCAUAAAGUACGAAAACCUGUGUUUGACAACACAAUGUACAUUCCAAUUUGCUUCAGACAGAAUUAAAAUUAUUUAAGAAAAAAAUCUUACUUUAGUGAUUUGAAGUUUGAUGUUUUCAUAGAUUUGUUAUAAGCUUGUCAAAGGUGUUUUUUGAGCCGUUUUCAUACUACCUCGUUGUAUCCACAAGAAGAGUAAACUCUUUAGCUGAUACCAUUUCAAAGCAUACCCCCUGCUUUGGCUAACCUGGUUCAUUAUGUAUUAACGAAUUGUAAAACAUAAGAUAAAUGAUUGUAAAUAAAAUUACAAUGAUACAAUUAGCAAAAAA